CUCUGUCCACCUCUGCGACGUUGUCGACAACACCAGCACGAUGGGUAGAGCAGGUGCAGGGACUCCAAAGGCUUUGGCCAAUGCUAUGAAAGCCAAAGGCCUCGGUCGACUACGCUGGUACUGCCAGAUUUGUGAGAAGCAAUGUAGGGAUGAAAAUGGUUUUCAGGCUCAUACUCGAUCCGAGCCGCAUAUGCGGAAAAUGAUGAUAGUCGGACCUAAAGCUGGACAGACAAUCGCAGAAUUCUCUCGUCAAUUCCAGUACGAGUUUGUGUCGCUCCUCAGGACGAGGCAUCAGACGAAUCGUGUCCGCGCCAACACAGUCUACAACGAAUACAUCCAAGAUAAGCAUCAUGUACAUAUGAAUGCUACGCGAUGGGUUACAUUGAACGGAUUCAUCAUGACUCUUGGUAAAGCUGGAAUCGUAAAGGUCGACGAGGAUGAAAAGGGACUCUGGAUAACAUGGGUAGAUAGUAGUCCAGAAACUCUUGCGAAGCAGGCCGCUCUCCAGAAACGAGAUCGUGCUCAGCUGGAUGGUGAGGAACGAGAACGGGCAGAGCUCGCUGCUCAGAUCGCUCGAGCCAAGGCUAAAGAGGGAGAGAAGGCUCCAGAGGAAACGGGACUGCAGAAAGCUGAGGGAGAGAAGCUCACGCUGAGCCUCUUCCCAAAUCCUGAUGAGGUCUCGCCAACUGCUUCAUCCACCCACCCGGCAUCUACGCCCGCUGCCACAGCCAGCGAGCCUACACCCACUUCAUCUGGCAUCAGUUUUAACAUCAACGCCGAAGCAGGUCCGUCAAAACCUACCAUCUCAUUCGGCGGUGCCGGAGUUCAAACACCAUCGGCAUCUGCAACUUUGAAUCCUCUCAAACGCCCGGCGUCCGGAAACGUCUUCAAAUCGGCCAAAUCGGCCAAGACUGAGAGUGACAUGGGAUCGAGUUCCAAAAAGGGCUAUGUGUCAGAGGCAGAGAGAUUGAUGAAAGAGGAUCAGGCUCGAAAAGCCAAUCGACAAAAGGGUUAUCAGGGUAUGGGGCCGACGAGGACGGGCGAUGGCGGUAGGAGGUUUGUCUUGCAGUGAACGGAGUCUGCCACGCUUAGACUUUGUCCCUCCUUGGUGACUUCUCCCCUGGAUCGACGAGGCUACCCACCUUCAUGGGAGGCCGGGUGGCCGUAGGCUUAUCCGUUGCAAUCCGAGUGUUCCGUUGAUGAAGGCUUCAUCGGACAACCAGAACCUCCUGCCCGGUCGAAUGGAGGCUAUAGUCUGUCCAACAUAUCUGUAUCCAUUGUAUGCAUGGUUCCCGCAUAAA